AUUUCCGAGGUCGCUAAGGCCGCCUGCGGCGGCGCAGGCGUCCGUGUUCGGAAGUGUCCGGUCUAUGGAGUCAGUUGGUUUCGGCGGCGGCGCGGAGGUAGCAGGCGGUGUCCGAGUGGGGGCCUUUGCCCCGCCAGGAUGUUACUGGGCUUGGCCGCCGCCGCCGCGGCCCACAGAUGUAGCUGGUCCUCCCUGUGCCGGCUUCGUCUGCGCUGCAGGGCGGUAGCCUGCGGCUCCAGCGACCUCCAGGAAUGGCAGAAUUUAGUGACGUUUGGAAGCUUUUCAAAUAUUGUUCCCUGUUGCACACUGAAUCAAGUAAAGUUGUAUUCCACAAAUGUUCAGAAAGAAGGACAGGGAUCACAAACUCACAAAAUGGAAAAAGUACCAUCAUUUGAUGAAGCAGCAGAGAAUAUUGGUGCAGAACUGAAAGCUCCACUUAUUAAGCAAGAACCUCUCCAAGUAAGAGUCAAAGCCGUCCUUAAAAAGAGGGAAUAUGGACCAAAGUACACUCAGAAUAAUUUCAUCACUGGAGUCAGAGCAAUGAAUGAGUUCUGCCUCAAAUCCAGUGAUCUAGAACAACUUCGAAAAAUCAGACGACGAAGUCCUCAUGAAGAUACCGAGUCCUUUACUGUAUACUUGAGAUCAGAUGUGGAGACAAAAUCUUUGGAAGUUUGGGGAAGCCCUGAAGCUCUUGCCAGAGAGAAAAAACUUCGUAAGGAAGCAGAAAUAGAAUAUAGAGAAAGGCUAUUUAGAAACCAAAAAAUAUUGAGAGAAUAUAGAGAGUUUCUGGGCAAUACCAAGCCACGCUCUAGACCGACAUCAGUUUUUUUUAAGGGGCCAGGAAAGGUGGUGAUGGUUGCCAUUUGCAUCAAUGGAUUAAACUGUUUCUUCAAAUUUCUUGCCUGGAUUUAUACGGGUUCAGCAAGUAUGUUCUCAGAAGCUAUACACUCUUUAUCUGAUACUUGUAAUCAGGCCUUACUAGCAUUGGGCAUCAGUAAGUCUGUUCAAACACCAGAUCCUACUCAUCCGUAUGGAUUUUCAAAUAUGCGCUAUAUUGCUUCACUAAUCAGUGGUGUUGGUAUUUUCAUGAUGGGUGCAGGAUUAUCUUGGUACCAUGGAGUCAUGGGAUUGCUUAAUCCUCAACCAAUAGAAUCUCUUCUAUGGGCAUAUUGUAUUUUAGCAGGAUCAUUAGUAUCUGAAGGAGCAACACUUCUUGUUGCUGUAAAUGAGCUUCGUAGGAGCGCUCGGGCCAAAGGAAUGUCACUUUACAAGUAUGUAAUGGAAAGUCGUGAUCCUAGUACAAAUGUUAUAUUAUUGGAGGAUACUGCAGCAGUGUUGGGAGUGACAAUAGCAGCCACUUGUAUGGGCCUUACUUCUAUAACAGGCAAUCCACUGUAUGACAGCCUAGGUUCUUUGGGUGUGGGCACCUUAUUAGGUGUGGUCUCAGCAUUCCUCAUCUACACUAACACAGAAGCACUCUUAGGGCGAUCCAUCCAACCAGAACAAGUACAACGGCUUACUGAACUCCUGGAGAACGACCCAUCAGUAAGGGCAAUUCAUGACGUUAAAGCCACAGAUCUAGGAUUAGGGAAAGUAAGAUUUAAGGCAGAAGUAGAUUUUGAUGGACGAGUUGUUACGAGAUCAUAUUUGGAAAAACAAGAUUUUGACCAAAUGCUACAAGAAAUUCAAGAAGUGAAGACUCCUGAAGAACUAGAGACCUUUAUGCUUAAACAUGGAGAAAAUAUUAUUGAUACUUUAGGAGCUGAAGUAGAUAGACUUGAGAAGGAACUGAAAAAACGAAAUCCUGAAGUUCGACAUGUAGAUCUGGAGAUAUUAUAGACUUGAUGGAAUGAAUCACCUUGGAGGGAGCCUUGGAAACAAGUUUGCCAAGACUACUUUCCCACACUGAAGGAGUCAAUGCCAUUCAGAAGCCGUUUUGGUUUUUUUUUUUAAGAUGGAGGAAAUAUUUAUGUAAAGAGCAAUUCAACAGUCCACAGAACUAAGACAACAUCUUACUUCUAAGAGACAUAUUACAAGUUGAAUCAAUUUGGAAAUCAUGUUUUUAUGUUUCAGCAGGAAACAUUUUAGUUACUUAAAUUGUUCAUAAUUUCUCAUUUUAGCCUGUCAGUGUGUAUUGUACCUUGCAAUCAUGUUUCCUUUCUUCACAUUGGUAAAAAAUAAGCAGCAUCUGUAAGAUUAUGAUUUUUAACUUUGUUGCCAGUGAAGAUUUCACUCCAUCAAAACCUGUCAAUCUUGAACAUUCUGGCUAAAUCUUGGUUUGUGGUCUUUAAAACAGUCACUCCAUUUCAAAGUCUGUCUUUCCUUAUAGAAUGUAGAAAUUAUUUUAACGUACCUUGUGUUUUUUGCCCUGAGCACUAAGAGGAACGCUUUCCUAACCUAGUUAUCCAUAAAUGUUCAUUCCAGAAAGGACUUCAUUACUGAAUUGAAGGAAGAGAUUUCAGUACACUCUUUUAGGUCAUGCUACUUGCCAUUUUGUAAAAUUUCUUUUCUCUUCUUUGCUUUUUUUUCCUUAUUUAGUUUAAUUUUCCUAGUGGUAGGAAAUAUAAAAUAGCCCUAGAUAUUUCCAUGGGCCAGUGUGAUGACUGGUUUUUUGUUUCUGUUUUUUAACUGGCUUCAGUCCCAUAAUGUGUAUUUACUAGGAGAUAAUGCAUUUAUAAGCAUUUUAACAUGAUGUAAAGUGGACUAGAAAUAUUUAUAAUUUCACAGACAGGACAGCAUUUUAUUUUUUAUUUAUUUUAAAAGAGGCACUACUUAACUUGUGUAAAUCUGAACUGUGGGAUAGUUCUUGCUUUGAGAGAUAGAGAAGUAAACCUCUUAUGCGGAAACUUGUGGCCAUGACUUUUGUAUAAUAUCAUAGACAGUAGCGUGUCUGUAACAUGAGUUUCUUGCAGUUACAAAUGGGCAUUUAGCAUAAUGUAUGAUUAUAACAUGUGCUAAGUAGCUUUCUAAUGAUCAUAAGGUAUCAAGAUGAAAAAACAUGCAAUUCAGUAAUUGAAAAUUUAGUGCAAAACUACAGCUGUGUCUCCAUUCAUCAAAAGAAUUCAUAUGCACUUUAAAUUGUUCAGGUACCAGUGAGCAUUGUCCAUGCAAGAGUGGUAGCUGCGUGAAUAAUCUCUGCUGGAUAAGUGAGUGCUUAAGGCCCUAGGUCAGUGUCUAAAAACUUACUUAGAUUGAAGUUUAUGAAUUAUAGCAAGUUAUAAUGCUGGAAACAAAAAAUAAACAUUUGAUUAAAGGGUUUGUAAUAGUAAUUUUUUGAUUCAGAACUGUCAUUUACUGGAAAAGUGUGAAAAUUUACAUUGGUGUACACUUUUUACCAUUACAAAACAUCUUGUGUGCUGUACAUUUUAAGUGAAAUAACAUUCCAAUUUUAUUUUUUAAGAUACGAAAUUGUUUUAUACAUAUAUAUGUAUAUACACGCACACAAUUUGUUCUUAUGGUUUCAAAUUCUUCACUCCUACUUUUUAAAAAACUUUUUUACCCGUUAUAAUUAACUCUAUACUUUCUGUGUCUUCCUCCUUCCCCUUUCCCACCUGCCAUUUUGUUUAUUCCAUGUCAGUGUGCCAUGUGGGAAGGUACCAAAUUAUGUCCAAUUUCCUCCUAGUAAAAUUACUCUAAAAAUUUUCACAUAGUUAGACAAGAAUAUUAACUCAUUUAAAAAAAAACUCAAAAGCUGAUGUGCAGUAGUUAUUCCAAAUGGUAGAUUUUUUUAAAGGACUCCCUGAAAGAGGCCAACUCCUGAUAUUUCUUUGGGUUUUCUAACCUUAUUUUGAUUGAAGUCAUACCUGUUCUUAAAUAAUAAUUGAAGGCUUAUGUUUCUGUCCUUUCACUGCAGUUCUGUUCUGCACUGAUACCUUAAAGUUUGUUUAAGUGAAAUUUGACAUAAAGAAGUACAGCCUAUCUAGGAAUUUAAUGUAUGACAUCACUGGUCCCUUUUUUUUUUUUUUCCUUCCUUUUAAACUAGAGUCAAAUUUGAAUUUUGAAACCAGGGAAUUUGGUCCCCUUCAUUUAAAAAUAAGAUAAUAUCUAGUUGUUCAGGUUUCUUAUUUUUGUUUUUUUCCAAAUUAAUACUUCUUACUUUGUCUUACCCUUAUGCAUAGUGUUUGAAUAUUUAAGCAUAUAAAUCUUAAUAUUUUUAAGGAAAAUAGCUUCUGUAGUAGAAUAAUUGCAAAAGUAAUGUUGGACAGAGAAGAGGUCAGUCAAGGCCAUGACUCCUGUUUGUAUUAAGCUGAAAUCUGGAAACCAGCAAAGGUGAAGUAUAUUUGUUUUCAGCUCUGGCUGUAAGUAACAGGCCCCAAACUGUGGAAACUGGCACAUUUUUUAGACCAUGGCAGAUGGGGGAUGAGGGGUGGAGAUCUGUUUUUAAGUGGACCGUGUUGGUGGCCAGUAAGUAGUAUUCAGUUCCAAAGAGGGAGAUUCCUGAACAUAUACUGAGGAAACUGUAAGAUAGAAUCAGAUUGGAAAAUUUUCAGGUUUUUUCAAAAACAAAGUUAAUAUCUGCAUACAUCCUCCUACACACCAAAUAACCCAGAACAACAAAAGGGCAUUAGACUUGAAUUUUGGGUAUAUGAUUUUAGUGUUACCUUAAUUAUCCUGUACUUUGGAUAAUGGUUUUUGCUAAAAUUAUACCAUCUAAAGGAAACGGCUUAAGUUUUAAAUCUGAUAACUUUGAGGUAGAAUGCUAGGAACUAUAGAAAAUUGUACAGGCAUUUGGAAUUUAUACUAUUUUUCUUAGAUUGCAUUUGUCAUGCUUUGGCAUUUCUUUUAAAUGUGAUGACCCCCAAUUUGCCAAACUGUCAGAAGUCAGUGAAGCAAAGAAUUGAAGAUAAAAUGUUGAUUCAAAGAUUGUCCCCCCUAAAUCCCUCAUCCUGGUCUCUGAAAUGGAAGUUUGGAAGGCAUUUAUAUAGAAGAUUGGUCUGGCAGCCUUUAUAUUUGCAUUUAAGUUUACUAGCAUCCCUAGAGUUGGUUUCAUGGAAAAGAAAAUUUUUGUUUCUAUUACAUUGUAUUUCAUCUGUCUGAUUUCUGUGGCAGGUUAAGAUUUUCCUGGUUCAUCAGGGUGCAUUUUUCCUUAA